GGUUUCUUUAGAAUCACCCAACAAAUAAAACACACUUCGUUUCUAUAAAAACCUUUUACAGUCGUUCUUCCCGCUCGAGCACCACAACUACCAAGGCACCACGCCACCACCUCACUGAUUCCGCCCAGCACUACCUUCACCAUCAAAUCACCACCUCGACCACCCUUUUCUCCAUUCCUCCUCAAAACAGUAACAAGGAAGAACAUAUAACGUGUAUAACAAUAACAAAGGCUCACAAGCUAUUCCACUGCUUACAAGGAGCUGCCGACAGGUCCCUUAGUGUAUGUGUUUUAUGAUAUUAUCAAAUUAUGUGAGUCAUGGUAAUAUGAGUUGUUACUUGGUACACCCACACAAUGGAGUAGCUCAUUCUCUACUAAAAUUGUGAAGCUCUUCAGUUUGAAAUUGUAAUUGCUGAGAUGAAUCUUAUACGGGUUGGAGCUAGAUCCAUUAAUGGUGGCUUAUCUGGGCAAUGUCGUCAACCAUGGAUGAUCAGAAAUAUCUCUUCUGCUGGACAUUCAGGUAGCCUCAAUGAUGACAACAGAAAUAGGAAGUCCUUCGAAUCGUCUGAUGAUUUUGAGCGGAGGAUUUUUAGUGGGAUUUCUGACAGUACUCAAAACACAGAUUCCUUCUACCAGAAACUUGAUAAACUUGGCCCUCGUGGUAGAUCUGGGUUUGGUGCACGUAGUAAUUACCAGUCUAUGGAUAGCCUGGAUGAGAAUUUCAAUUCAUUGUCAGAUGGGAUGGAUGGAAAAUUGAAAAAAGCUGCCAACUAUUUUGGGUUUAAUUAUGACGAACUAGAGAAAGAUGAUUAUGCGUAUAGACCAGACGUGAACUUCAGACCUGGGACAACGUAUGAAACUAAGGAUCUUGAUAUUAGAAGAGCAGGAGUGUGGAAACCCUUCCAGAGAGAGGAAUUCACUACUACAACGGAGGAUGUGCUGAAAUAUGCUGAUUUUCGGAAUGUAAGAUUCCUUGCCAACUUUAUUACUGAAGCUGGUAUCAUUGAAAAAAGAAGCAAGUUCAAGAUUAGUGCCAAAGCCCAGAGAAAAAUUGCUAGGGAGAUCAAGAUAUCAAGAGCUCUUGGCCUAAUGCCUUUCACUACCAUGGGGCAAGAUCCGUUCAUUCCUGGAAAAUCGAGGUUAGAGAACGAAGAUGACGAAUACGACUUUUAUUCUCGUCCAGCUUACGGGAGAGGUUCACUCUAAGCCUAUGAGAUUUUAUUUUAUCUUUCAAUACAUUUUUGUUAGCUUUAGUUAUCUUUUUGAUGUGUAAAAAUUCUUUGUAAAGUAGCAAGUUUAUAAAAUUUAGUGGUAUGUCACAGAAGUCCGCUAAUUUAGAACUUAGAUUAAAAAGCAAUGUCGCUCAAGCAUCUGCUAGUUGAUCACGUUAUACAUGAAACGCUCUUUAACUUCCUCAAUAGAGGAUUUGACAUGUCAAAUAA